UUGCGCCUUUUUGCUGUAGGCCCGAGUGGGUGCUGCUGAAAUGGGCAAGUUCAUGAAACCUGGGAAGGUGGUGCUUGUCCUGGCUGGACGCUACUCUGGACGCAAAGCCGUCAUCGUGAAGAACAUUGAUGAUGGCACCUCAGAUCGCCCCUACAGCCAUGCUUUGGUGGCUGGAAUUGACCGCUAUCCCCGCAAAGUGACAGCUGCCAUGGGCAAGAAGAAGAUCGCCAAGAGGUCAAAGAUCAAGUCUUUUGUGAAAGUUUAUAACUACAAUCACCUGAUGCCCACAAGCGACAAGCAAAAAAAGCGCGUUUGUAAAGAACGGGUGGGGGUAGGGAAAACGGUUAGAAAGGUCCGCCGACCCAACACCGACGGCCCGGGAAAAUGGGAGGAGCGAAGAGUGAACGACAGAGGAAGCAGCCAAUGGGGAGACUGGGAACUACUUCUCCCCCUCCCUUUGCGUUUCAAAUUCUAA